AUUUUUGGCCUUAUUUAGAACAAAAUAUUCGUAAUAAAUCCUGUUAGCAUACUGUAAAAAUGUAUUUGCUGUCUAAAAACAAGAUGGCGGCUUACGAUCCCGAGCGAGAAGCACCUGUGUUUUGUAUACCAGAUGAGGAUGCAGCAACGCAUGGCUUAUCUGCAUGCUGGGGACUAGGCCAUCAGCUUCUCCUUCAUGCUGGCGUAGGAAAGAAAUGCUUCAUAGAAAAGGAAGAACAUGGUACUUACUCAUCACAGCUGAAUGCACCCUCAAUGAUCCACUUUUUUAAGUGGGAAGUGGACAUGCAGAAUCCGGAGACCAGGAAAUUAGUCAGUGAAUCAUACAACAUAUUCCAGUCACUACAGACAUAUGAACCAGAAUCAGUAGACACAGCUAAGAAAUCACACUUGGUGAAAUUCAGUAGGAAGUACCGAUCUAUCAUAGCAGCGUGCGUACAGAAUCUUCGUAAAGCAAGUCAAGAUCCAAAGCAUGGGGAAGCAGUGUGUGAGGAAUAUUCUAUUCAAUGUGAAGUGUUCCAAAUGAUUGGUCUUCUAUGGAGUCUUUGCGAGAUCAUGUUUGUGGAGACAUUGCCGGGUGGGACACUCCAGCAGUUGCUAGACUGGGUGAAGUGGCACUUUGAUCAGGGUGAUCGCUUAGCCAAGGAGAUUCUUAGGCUACCAAACCCAACACAAUCACCAGAAUACUGGAAUGCAAUUUAUAUUUAUGUACUUCAAGGAAGAAUAGCUGAAGCGAGAAACUUGCUUACUUUGCAUCCAAGUCAGCAGAGAGAUGUCCAUGGGGUAUUCGCAAGAAUCAACGAGCUUCUUCGGAAAAUGCCUGUGUACGGUGCAUUUACACGACAGUCACUCGCUGAAUUUGAUAUGAAAUGGCGCCACUGGCAAGAUCAAUGCAUUCACUGCCUGGAAGAUCAAGAACUGUCAUCACACGCUGAAUUAGAAACCAUCUGUCGGAUUUUAGCAGGUGAUGACAAUGUAUUCAUUGAGUUGCGAGAUUUAACAGAAACUUGGUAUCAAAUGCUGGUGGCCAAACUUCUGUAUACCAAUCCUACAGUCAAGACAUUCGACCUUCAAUACCACACAAAGUCUUGUAUUGAUGCAUAUGGUGGCACCAUCGGUCUUGCACCGUUUGACAACAUCUUACUUGCAGCACUUGAAUUUGAUAUUCACCAAGUUAUUAAAGAAAGCAGUACAUGCUUGAAUAAUUGGUGGUUCAGUGCCCAUAUAACUGACCUACUGCAUCACUGUGGCCAGCUAGAGACACAUCAACUCAAUUAUGGUUCAAACUUGAGGGAAUUUUUACUUCUUGAAUACGUCUCCAGUCUUAUGUCACAUGAAAGCAUGUGGCAGAUAUGUAUGGGGUACCUGGAUCAUUGCACUGAAUUUGGCAGACAUUAUCAAGAGUUGCUGGUUGAAAGGGUUCCAUUGCAGACUGAUAAGAAGGCAAUUAAGCUGUUGGAAAUGUGCAAAGAACGUGAUAUGAAGGACCAAGUCAAGACCAUCUGUAAAGUAAUGUGCAGGAGGGCCAUGCAUAACGGCCGUCUCGGUUCAGCGCUCUCGUGGUGUAUGCAAUCAAAAGAUGCUGCUUUUGCUACGUAUCUGUCAGAGAAAUUCCUGGCAGAGUACACACGGAGCGGAGACUUCUCAAACUUAGAUUUGAUUGACAACUUAGGACCCGGAAUGCUUUUGAGUGACAGGCUUACGUUUGUUGGAAAGUACAGGGAGUUUCAUCGCCUGUAUGAACAAGGUGAUUUCAAAGAGGGCGCUUCUUUACUUCUCUCCCUACUUUCAGCCAAACUUGCACCGAAAAGAUUUUGGCUGACUCUCCUCACCGAUGCCCUACCAUUGCUGGAACUUCAAGAUGUGAUUCUAUCAAGUAAACAAACCUAUGAACUGAUGCAUAGUCUGCAAGACUGCCGGGACUACCAUUCACAACAGUAUUCUGAUCGCGAUUACCGCCUUCAUCACAAAGGUGCUUUCCAUGUAGAAAAUGAGAAAAUAGAGCUGUUACAAUUGGCACUUGCAAGGAACUUAGCUAGAGCAAUCUUAGAAGAGGCUUCUUCAGGUUGAAUGAAUGAUUACCAGCCCUCAGUAGGGUCAACAUGAUACCAUAAUAUGCUGCUGGAAGCACCAUCAAGCCUGUUCUUCCAUCUGGUUAUUGAGGGUGCAUUCUUUGAUAAGAGUUUAGCAGUAGGAAACACCUCCAUGAUUUUCCUUCUAUCUCUUGCUCAGACACAUGUACAGUUGCUUAGUCCAUGUACAGCUGUUUAGUAAGAUGAAUCUUUGAACCAAGUCUUCUUCCAAUUAAGCCCAAAAACAUUGUUUAAAUUAUAUCUUCCUACAGCAAUAUAGUGUAAAUUAUAUCAUUGUUUGUAUCUCUUUAGUGGCAUAUCCAGGGGAUAUGCAGGGGCAUAUGUGCCCACCCCCAUAAAAAAGCUCACUCACAGUCACGCCCUAGAAAUGUUCAAAGUAAAUCUAUUACGUGUGAGUAGUUGCAAAUCAUCUUAAUUUGAGAGAAAGUUCCCUCUCGGUUAAUAAUCGAGGCCUUCAUCCUCACUCCCCCAUUAGCACCCGUCCCGAUUUCAAGACUACUAGAUAUUCCACUGUUUCAUUCUAGACACAGGAAUAAAUUUGCAGUUUUGUUUGAGGACACAGCUUAGGCUUACAUGUUGUAAUUUGAGUACUUCAGAAAAUGCUUCAUUCUUGUCAGGUGAAAACAAAAAAACAUGAGCUGUAUUAAAGCCAACUCAGACAGCGUCGUACGACAGCCCAAUGCGAUUUGUCAUCGGGGACAGUCUUAAGUAAUGAGAAAUAUUAAGCGACUGUCCCAGCCGCAAACCAUCAUCUGCGUUUAACUCACAUAGACCCGACGCGACAACAAAUUGUGUUGGGCUACUCGUACAACGCUGUCCGAGUUGGCCUUUAUUCAAUAAUAAAUGAAAUACGAUAAUAAAACCAAUAGCGCUUUGUUUUUACUAACGAUUUUUGUUUUAGAAACAUGCGCUUUCGUUAUCUCAAGCUAGUUUCUUCAGUUUGAUUGUUUGUAUCAAAUGCUUUUGUAUCAACUCAUAACACUGUUAUUUGCAGUACUUUAUACUCAGCCUUUUAUACUCUGUCCCUUAAAAGAACUUGGUUACCCCAACUUUUGUCAAAAUCUAAGAUAUUUAAAGGUUCUAUUGUGAAAUAUCCUAUUAAGUUUCAAAUAAAAAGGAAAAUUUAAAAUAGGUCCAUUUUUUUAUCAUGUGCAAUGUCAUUAAACUUUGAUUUCCUCUGCUGUUGAGUGCUGUCAAAUUGGUUUGAGUAAAAAGUACAAACAACACCCUUUUUUUUUAUCACAAAUUUAAUUGGGUAAUAAAUAUAUAUUGUAUUAUAUGCAUUGGUGCCAGAUGUAAAAUAUGGCUUCGCCCGCGCAUAAAUUAGGCCUAGAAUUCCGUCUGCGCAUUUUGGAAAAUUAUGGUAAAUUUUUUGCAGAAAAUUAGACCUUGGAAUAUCUCUCCAUACAUUCAAUGUAUUAAUCAGUACAGUAGUUAAGAUUCUGCAUACUAUUUUCCUAGCGAUUUUGCAUUGGUUUUUGGGGGGUAUCCUCCAUGCAAAUAAAAUACUUCACCGCGUUUCAUUGGUGUAUCUAGGAAUAUUGACAUGGAGCUGAUGGGGGUGCCACAUUGCAGGGGUGGAUUUAUGGGGGGGGGGGGCUAGAUAGGCUCCCCCCCCCUUCUUUGGAAAGUAAAAGAAAAAGAAGAAAUUGAUCAUCCAAAACACCUUGGAUGUUAUUUUUGGGCAUCUAAAAAACAAAAAUUUUGGGAGAGCAGUGUAGGGUAGUGUUAUUUUGAUCAGCUCCACUUUUGGCCACCCUUUCGGACAUCUCUGGAUCCGCCCCUGCAAUGGUCAAAUGAAGGUUUUGGUGGUUAAGUGGGAGGGGGUGGGUGCUACCUGGCAAAGUAAGGCUAUAUGCGGUACUAUUGAAGAAAUUGAUUUGCUCAGUAUAUUUUCUGUGUGUGGGGAGGGGUGCAUGCUUUUUGUAGAUACAAUUGCCUAGUAAUUCAUGCCUCUCUCAAGAUACGUGUUUUUUGGGGGUUUUUUUUGCCCGUAUGUGUUUUGUAUUUCUCUACUGAUUUUGUAUAACAAAUGAUGAAAAUAAACUUUUCUGAGCAAUA